AGAAAAGCUCCUCUCACACUGGCUGCUAUGACCUAGCUACCGGACGACACUUUCUGUUUUCAGGACUGACCGCUGCGUCUGAAAUAGUUUCGUAGCGUUUUUGGCAAUUACACAUUCAACAUACGGUCGUGUAUGGUUGUAUUCCCGCGACUUUUUAAUCGUAGCUGCUGGCCCCUGAGGCUAGCUGGCUAGUAGAGCAGUGACACAGUGGAGCCAGCUGGUCGAAGAGAGGUACAGUAACGUUAGCAAACAAGCUAAUUAGCCAGAAAGACUCAGCCUGGAUUACUGUCUUUAAUCAAAGAGAGCGCAAGUCUGCGGUUUUACUCACUGCGGCAGAAAUGAAGAUAACUGUGGACUUCGAGGAAUGUUUGAAGGACUCCCCACGCUUCAGAGCCACCAUAGAGGAAGUGGAGGGGGAUGUGUGUGAGUUGGAAUCGAAGCUUGACAAAUUGGUGAAGUUGUGUAUUGGGAUGAUUGAUGCUGGAAAAGCCUACAAUGCAGCCAACAAGCAGUUUGUCAACGGAAUCCGGGAGCUAGCCCAGCAGUCCACCAAAGAUGAAGUCAUUGAGUCCAGUCUCACAAAGUUUGCUGAGAGCCUGCAGGAGAUGAUCAACUACCACACGAUAUUAUUCGAUCAGGCUCAGAGAUCAAUCAAGACCCAGCUUCAAACAUUUGUCAAAGAUGACCUACGCAAAUUCAAAGAAGCCAAGAAGCAAUUCGACAAAGUUAGCGAGGAAAAGGAGGCGGCGCUGAUCAAGAACGCCCAGGCUCCCCGCAACAAGCAGCAUGAGGUGGAAGAGGCCACCAACAUCCUCACUGCCACACGCAAGUGCUUCCGACACAUCGUCCUCGACUACGUUUUACAGAUCAAUGUGCUCCAAUCCAAGAGAAGAUCGGAAAUCCUGAAAUCAAUGUUGUCCUUCAUGUAUGCCCACCUGACGUUCUUUCACCAAGGAUAUGACCUCUUUAGCGAACUACAACCUUUAAUGAAACUGCUUGGAGGACAGUUGGACCAGCUGGUGGUUGAUGCUGCCAAAGAGAAGAGGGACAUGGAGCAGAAACACUCCACCAUCCAGCAAAAGGACUUCUCGAAUGACGACACCAAGCUGGAGUACAAUGUGGAUGCAGACAAUGGCAUCGCCAUGGAGGGUUAUCUCUUUAAGAGGGCCAGCAAUGCCUUCAAGACAUGGAACAGGCGUUGGUUCUCCAUUCAGAACAAUCAGCUAGUUUACCAGAAGAAAUUUAAGGACAACCCCACAGUGGUGGUGGAGGACCUGAGACUAUGUACAGUCAAACACUGUGAAGACAUAGAGCGUCGCUUCUGUUUCGAAGUGGUGUCACCCACCAACAGGAGCUGUAUGAUGCAGGCAGACUCAGAGAAGUUGCGACAGGCCUGGAUCAAAGCCGUCCAGAACAGCAUUGCCACCGCCUUCCGCGACAAGGGAGAUGAUGGCGAGAAGCUGGAUAGGAAGUCGUCCACGUCGACAGGGAGUCUGGACUCUGGUGGGGAGCCAAAGGAGAGAUCACUGAAAGGAGAGAGUGCCCUGCAGAAGGUCCUGGCCAUCCCUGGCAAUGCCUGCUGCUGUGACUGUGGCCAGCCGGACCCCCGCUGGGCCAGCAUCAAUCUGGGCAUCACACUCUGCAUACAGUGCUCUGGGAUCCACAGGAGUCUGGGAGUGCACUUCUCUAAGGUUCGGUCUUUGACUCUGGAUACGUGGGAGCCAGAACUACUAAAGUUGAUGUGUGAGCUGGGAAACGGAGUGAUCAACCAGAUCUAUGAGGCUCGGCGAGAGGAGCUAGGAGCCAGAAAACCACAGCCAGGAGAUCCAAGACACGAGGUAGAGGCCUACAUCAAAGCCAAAUACGUGGACCGCCGGUUUGUACGCCGGCCAUCAGACGAGGAGCUUCGCAACAAAGUGGUUUCUCUGAGUAAACAGGAGAAGAGGCUGAGCAGCAGCUCUGAGCAUCUGCCCCCAAGACCACCACCACCCACUCCAAAACUCCGGCCUGGUUCAAACGUCUCUGGACAGUCAGUAAAAAGUGCAGACAGCGGCAUUCAGAACAGCGCUGAUGGGAGCAGGGAGAUGCUGGCCAACACCCCCUCCAAUAACAGCCUGGCAGAUGCAGAGGCUGCCGAGUCUCCGCCCAUGGCCAUGCCUGCCACACUGCCUCCUCCAUCGCCCUGUAAAGAGGUAGUUUUCUACGAGCCCAAAGAGUACAGCCCGGGUCUGCAGCUCUACUGGGCCUCAUGUGCCCGCAGCCUGCCGGACAUGGCGGAGGCACUGGCCCAUGGAGCAGAGGUCAACUGGGUCAACACGGAGGACGACAAGAGGACGCCGCUUAUCAUGGCGGUGCAGGGGGGUUCGCUGGUCACCUGCGAGUUUCUGCUCCAAAAUGCAGCUAAUGUGAACCAGCAGGACGCUCAGGGCCGAGGACCCCUCCAUCACGCCACCAUGCUGGGACACACAGGGCAAGUGUGUUUAUUCUUAAAAAGAGGAGCAAAUCAAAAUGCUGCAGACAUUGACGAGAAAACCCCCCUGACAAUAGCGGUGGAGGCGGCCAACGCAGACAUCGUCACACUGUUACGACUGGCCAAGAUGAACGAGGAGAUGCGAGAGGCGGAGGGGCCCUACAGCCAGUCAGGAGAUGAAACCUACCAGGACAUUUUCCAGGAUUUCACCCACAUGGCCUCCAACGACCCGGACAAGCUGAACCGCUACCAGCAGUACGAUCCGCAAAGACCUUGACACAACUUAAACGCCGUCCACUAGCACUCAGAGACACUGUCCGCUCAGCCCACGAGGGGCAAAACAAUGUCCACCCCCCCCCCCCCCCCCCCCAUGACCAUCGAGCAUUAAAGCCAGUCAGUGCUGCCACAGCUGGACUCAUGUUACCACACCUAACAUUUUUAAACCUCAGUUUAAAAAAAAAACAAAAAACUGUGCUUCCCAGUAGGAUCUAUUACAGUCCGUGAAUGGUACAGUGUUAAAGCCUUUGAAAGGAUUUGCAAAGUCAUAAAAUGAAAUAAUCAAAUGAUAUUUGAACUUGGUCUGAAUGUCAGUUAUUUUGACCAAGUGUGUGCUGCAUGCAGGAUGUGUGCUGCAUGCAGGAUGUGUGCUGCAUCCAGGAUGCGUGCUGCAUCCAGGAUGCGUGCUGCAUCCGAGUUGCAAAGAGGUAAGUGCAUGGCAGACUGUUCAGUACUCCAUUUAGUUUUUACGUGCUUCCUUUUUUCAGUAGGAUUCUCUUCUUGAACAUGCUACAGGAUCUUUUUUGUAUCAAAGUUUUGCUUUCGUGAACUCUCAGCAGCGUAUACACGGCAAAAUGCUUUUACUUAUUUGCACAAAUCCCUUUGUCUUAAAUCGCCACUGACGUUUACCAGUUUUGAUUGUAAGACUUUGACAUGUUAAACGAUGUACAGUGAACAUAGGAGUCAACAUGGUAUUGAUGCGUCUUUAAUGUUAAAUAGAUAGCAGUAGUUGUGAUUUUUUUUUAGUAAAUUUUGAACUCGCUCCUUUGAAUGAUGUAAUUUUUCCGUGUUGUCACCACAUCAGUACCUGCAGAACGUGUCACAGCGAGGCAAUCGGCCCUGCAGCCUCGUGAUUCUGUGGAAUUAAAGUUGCUCCGUCGUGUUGAGAUGAUUAUUCAUCUGUAGAUUCAGUCUCAUGCUGGUAUGAGUUUAAACCGUUACGAUGGAAAGAUGAACAGCAUAUAUUUUAUAUUUAUUUUACAGGUUAGCAUCAAUUUCAUGGGAAGUUUUGUGGAAACAACUGCAUCACUUGGUUUUAAUUAUAGGGAAUAUUGGAUUUUCCCUGAAAGAACAGCUCCAUUAAAUCCAAGUAAAUGUUCGUUCAAUAUCACAAACUUAGGUUUAAAAUCCUUAACAUUUCAAUCCUGUUUGAUUUGGCAACACCCAUGGUUACCGUGGCAACAGCGAGUGCGCUUUCACACUACAGAAAAUGCUUGUUGAGCAGCGACUACUAAUACAGAAGAGCAACAGGUGCAUGUGUUUACAGUGCACAUUGAUUUGACAAAGAAGUGGGUGAGUGAUCCGCCAUGCUGUGCUGCAGCAGAUUUCAUGCUGCACAUGGUGAAACAGUUUACAACAGCAGGGUCGUCUGCAGCUCUUCAUCCAGCCGCUGCUCCUCCUCCUGUCAUUACUCAUUUAAAACUGAAUGGCGGACCCCGCCGCUAACAGUGUAAUAUAUGUUAAACAUUUUUCAGCUAACCAGCUGUGCACUGGCUUAAAGACUCUGUGGUAUGUGGGCGGAUUAUUGAAAUGAAGUAUCUGGAAGUGUAGCAACUGAACGCUGCCUCUGUUUCCCUGUAAUAAGAAGCAAAUUGUGUAGAACAUUCAUGGAAACUUCCCAGGAAAUUCUUAGGAAAUUAUUUUGGAAGUUACUGGCCUGUAAAAUAAAGUGCUACAUAAAUCCCGUAGAUACAGUCUGUAUUGGGAAAUAUUACACACUGUGGAAAUUCUGUAGGGGUUUAUAACUGCAGUUGUCUUUUCACGUGUUGAGUUGAAACAUUUAGUGAACAUUUAAAGAGUCGUUCUGUCUGAUGUGGUUUAAACAUCAGCCGACUUCGCCGAAAUGAAUUCUGCAAACGUCAUGAUAGAGGUUUUGUACUGUAAUGUAGGACCUGUGAUUUUUCCCUUAAAAAACUAAAAUCUUCACUUCUCUUUGACAUUAACAGUAUAUAGUAAGAUAUAAUAUGAAGCACAGAGGAAACCUUUAGCCAAUGAAACAUGGGAUACAAUUCUUGUACAUUUUGUACAGAUGCUUUUGAAUUCUCCAGAGAAGUGAAGUAAGAAGUUAGUGGUACUUGAAUCAUUAAAUAAGCUUUUGUAUAUGCUGUUCUUUGUAUCCUUCGGUUAUUUUAGCCCUUUUUAUAUUGCCUGUCUGUACACCAGUAUACAUGUACUGUAUAUUCUACCUGUAAUAUGUAAGAACUUCAAUACAUAUGGACUGAGGGUUCACUGAAUAUUGAUUCUUUUUUGAUUUGUCUCGAGGUUUAAUUUCAACCACGUUGUCUCU